AUGGGAAAGCGCCGACAUCGAAAGGGUCAAUGGGGGUCGAAUGACGGGUGGAAUUUAGCAGUUCAAGAGCAAAUCUCGAACAUUCAACUCCCAGACGCGAUCGAGUGCGCCCUCUGCAGCCAGACCCGUGAGAUCCACGCCUACUCAGUCAACCAGCUGAACAAACUGCGUCUCUCUAUCUACAAGGAUGGUCCGGAAAUGAUUCUUGAUCAGCAUGUAGCCCGGUGCAUGACCUGCACUCUGCAUGCGGUUACUGAGCUCACCUGCAAGACCUGUGGCGAGAUCAAGGCCCUGGAUGAGUUUGCUACUACCCAGCGCCAGUUUGCGGAGCCGGUGUGCAUGCUCUGCCAGGACUGGCUGCAACAGGAUGAGCGAGACAAGCGUGCCAAUGACCACCUGAUUAGCCAGAUGGAGGCUGCCAAACCAUUCCUGAUUGAGGGCGAAGAUCCCUAUACGGCCCUUACCCUGGGAGGCGGCUUCAUCCAGACCGGGUACGAGACUUCCGAGGAUGAGCAAGAAGAGGAGAAUACAAGCGUCGAUGAUCAGCCUCGAGGGUUUCGAAGUGGCAAGAAACCAUCUACAUGGUUCAAGACUCCUCGCGACGAGCGCAAUCUCAAUCUCAUGCCGAUCGACUUCACCGAGCACAACGUGGGCAAACUUUACGGUCAAAAGAGCUGCAAGAGCUCCUCGGAUCAGCAGUAG